CUGCUGAUGUCAUUUGUUUUGCUCUGCACCGGAAGCGCUGCUGUGACAUCACGGGGAAACUCAGCUGGGCGAUGAGAAAACAAACAUACUAAAACAUCUCGCAUCCACACGGUCGCCGUCCUUAUCGCACGAGUGCCCGUUGUCGUCCGACGGCACCGGGUCAUUUCCGGUAAGCGCGGGAGUAUCACGCAGCCUCGUGCACAAACUCACAACAUCUACUGUAACCUACUACAGGACGCUGUUUCCUGUAAAUCAAGAAGCGUGGAGCUCCCCACAAAAAUGUGAGCAGGUCCACUAUCUGUUUGCAUUUUGAACUCAAGAUGGCUGAUGAUCUGGUCCCCUGCGCGGCUGGAGCCGUCCACUCCGCUCAGCCCUGCGCCAAGCAGAAAUACCGCAGCAAUGCCCACUCGCAGGGGCUGUUAGACGGGCUCCUGAUGCUGAGACAAGGAGGGAUUCUGUUUGAUGUGGUGCUCCUGGUAGAAGGAAAGGCCAUUCAGGCUCACCGCAUUCUCCUGGCGGCGUCAUGUGACUACUUCAGGGGUAUGUUUGCCGGCGGUUUGCGGGAGAUGCAGCAAACCGAGAUCCCCGUCCACGGAGUCACAUACACGGCGAUGACCAAACUGCUGGACUUCAUCUACACCUCAGAGCUGGAGCUGGACCUGGACACGGUGCAGGAAGUGCUGUGCGCGGCCACUCUGCUGCAGGUCCAGGAUGUGAUCGGCUUCUGCUGCGACUUCCUGUUCUCCUGGCUGGAUGACGACAACAUCCUGGAGGUGGAAAAGCUAGCCGACAUCUACGGCCUCAACCAGCUCGGGGAAAAAAUCCGCUCGUAUCUGCUCAAGAACAUCCAGACCUUCUCGCGUACGCCGGUGUAUCGAAAGCUUCCUCCGGAAAAGAUCCUGAGUGUCCUUUCCAGCAACGAUCUGGAGGUGAACUCCGAGAACGAGGUGUUCGAAGCAGCCCUGCACUACCAUUACACUCCUGAACAGGUGGAGAAGGACGAUGUGUGCUUACAGGAUCCGUUGCGGAUGCUGGAGGCGGUGCGGUUCUGUCUGAUGGAGAAGCAGGUGUUGCAGCGCUUGCACAGCCGGUUAAAGCAGUGUCCCCUGCGGGACUCGGUGGCCGUGGCUCUGCGCUAUCACAGUCAGGAGCUGUGGCAGCCGGUGAUGCAGACCCCGCUCACUCAGCCCCGCUGCAGCUCCCAGUGCAUUGUGGGGUUCGGCGGCAUGUACUCCUCCAGCGCUCUGGUGGACAAUGAAGAGCGCUUCCAGGUGUUCCACCCGUCCUGGGGAGAGUGGCGCAGUCUGGCGGCAGAUCGCGCUCCUCGCAUGUCCAACAUGGGCAUCGCUGUCCUCAAUAACUUUGUGUACUUGAUCGGCGGAGACAAAAACACCAGCGGCUUCCGUGCUGAAGCUCGAUGCUGGAGGUACGAUCCCCGCCACAACACCUGGUGUACCAUCGAGCCUUUGCGGCAGCAGCACGCCGAUCAUUGCGUCUGUGUGGUCGAUAAAUACAUCUACGCCAUUGGAGGACGAGACUACACCAACGAACUGGACUGCGUGGAGCGCUACAACCCACAAAACAACACCUGGGAAUAUGUGGCGCCGCUGAAACGAGAGGUCUAUGCCCACGCCAGUGCAGAGAUUGAUGGGAAGAUCUACAUAGCAUGUGGCCGGCGGGGAAUGGCUUACCUGAAGGAGACCUACUGUUACGAUCCCAGCGGCAAUCACUGGAGCAUGUGCGCCGAGGGUCCGGUGGAGCGGGCCUGGCACGGCAUGGCGGCACUUAACGGACGAGCUUACGUCGUCGGAGGCAGCAACGAUGGUUGUGGCUAUCGGAGAGACGUCCUCAAGGUGGCGUGCUAUAACCCAAUAGCAGAUGUGUGGUCUGUGGUGAGCCAGCUGCCUGCUGGACACGGAGAGCCAGGUUUGGCCGUCCUGGAUGGGCGCAUCUACAUCCUGGGAGGAAGAUCGCACGAUAAAGGCAGUCGAAUGAAGUACGUUCACAUUUAUAACGCGGAGGAGGACCGAUGGGAGAACGGGACAGCCCUCGAGGACCGCGUAUCUGGCCUUUCAGCAUGUGUCCUGCUUCUGCCACGAGCAGCCAUGGCUCAGGCGCGCAGCUGGGAGCAAAGGGCUAAGGCGUCGUGGGAAGAGGUGGACUGGGAUGACUCGGACAACUCCAGCGAGGACUGAAAGUGUUAGCGCCGCUCAGGUGGGGCUUAAAAAAUGCAAAGUGAGGGAAUCGUACUUUAUUCAAUUUGAGCUCUUGUGCGAAAUUGCAUAAUUCUUUACUCGAUCAGGUUUUGGGAGCGUCACUUGUUGUGCCUGUCUGUAAGUAACUGAAGGUAAGUCGGAAGUGUUCUGGUUUAGAUGAUUUCCAAUUCACACUCCUUCAUGCUUGUGGGGUAAUGUUACCCACUCUUUUAGGUUGUCGUGCCAUUUUAUAUUGUUUUACAUCCAAAACUUCAUUCAGAACUUAUGAGAAACUGUUAGAGAUGCUAACACUGUACAUGCACUUUACAAUUAGAUUUGGAUUUUCUUUAUAAUGACGGUGCCUUUAUUUUACAGAUAUGUUUUGGUACGUCCAAUGCCUUUUUAUUAAUACAUUUGAAUUAAGUGCAAUAACAAUUUUCAAAAGAGUAAAGGAAAGGGUAAAAAGGAUGCUUUAGCGCAGGAGUUGGCAACCUGCACUACAUGUACUACUUUUUUUUUAUAUAUAUCUUGUGAUCAAAGCUGAAUUUUCAGCAUCAUUACUUCAUUACAUUACAUAACAUUACAAUACAUGAUUCAGAAAUCAUUCUGAUACGCUAAAUUGCUGUUC